UAAUUAUUGUCCAGAGCAGCUUCAUACAUUAGUUAUAUAGACACACUACUUAUUCAUUAUACUGCCUACUACCGACUACGGCUCGAAUACUGCUCCAAUAGUUUAUCAACAGAUAAAUACUUCUACACCAAGCGGACUUUUUUCUCCAACAAAUUCCACACUGGCUUAUCUAACUCGAUGACUUUAAACGAGAAAACCACGCUUCUACAGCACCAACAACAGAGAUCUGUACGAGGGUUGCGGUAUUUACCAGCAAUUCACUUCAAAAGCAGAUUCCUUGUAGUAUUAGCAGCCAUUAUGACCAUCUUGGUUAUGCACACAUUGCUAGUUCUACAAGGAAAACAGCCUCUCCUUGAAGAAAAGAUCAAAUACAUUAAGAGACCAGACCCCUAUAGGAGUCUUCAUAAGAUUUUCAUCAAUGACGACCCCUUACUUGACCGUAUUGGUGUACCUACUUUAUCUCCACUGGAAGAACAUUUACACCUUGGAUCCAAAGCCAUGGUUACCAGUGAUGUACCUCUUUGUUCUACUAUGGGUAAAGAUAUACUUUUGCUGGGAGGUAAUGCGGCUGAUGCUGCUGUGACUGUAGCGCUCUGUAUUGGAACUAUCAAUUCUCACUCGUCUGGUAUUGGUGGUGGGGGAUUCAUAGUUAGUAAACAUAAGAACGAUUUCAUCAGUAUCGAUGCUCGUGAAAUGGCUCCUAGUGGAGCAUUUAAAGACAUGUACGGAGACAACUUUGUUCUUUCCAAGAUAGGCGGAUUGGCAAUAGCUGUUCCUGGUGAAUUGAAGGGGUUGUACGAGCUUUUUGUCAGACAUGGCUCGGGUAGAUUGUCGUGGAAACAAUUGCUUGAACCUGUAAUUCACUUGAACCGAAAUGGAUUCCGUUGCACUAAAGUAUUGGAAACAGUCAUUGCCAUGGAGAACAGUAUUGUUUUCUCGCAGGUACCAGAAAUCAAGACAAACUGGGACUUUAUCUUCAAGAAUGACGAGACAGUCAAGGAAGGUGACUGGAUCAGACGUCCUAACUAUGCCAAUACGUUAGAACUAAUUGCCAACAAUGGGUCUUCAGCCGUAUUCUAUGAUCCAGAAGGACCUAUUGUUGGCUCUUUGGUUAAAACUAUUAAGCAAUUUGGAGGAAUCCUCACGAAGGAUGAUUUCAAGAACUACAAAGUAAAUGUAGAACACCCUAUCAAUGUUAAUCUUACCAUCGGAGAUAAGGACCUUUCUGUGUAUACGGCCAAUGGUGUUUCCAGUGGUUUAGCUUUGGUAGCCGGAUUGAAUUUCUUCAACGAAAUCAUCAAUGAUAAGGAUGAUGUCCUGCUUACGCACAAGCUAGUUGAGAGUUUCAAAUGGCUAUCUGCUAUCAGAUCGGAGUUUGGUGACGUCAACAUCGAUAACUACAAGCAAGACUUGAUUACCAAGUACACCAGCAAGUCGUGGAUCAAGGAGGUAUUCGACAAGGGCGAGUACUCAGACGAAAGGACGUUUCCCUGGACCAACUACCAUCCCAAGUACGAGUUGACUGAGCCUGAAGGUACGUCUCACUUCUCGAUUAUUGAUGAGGAGGACAAUGCCAUUUCCAUGACUACUACAGUUAAUCUUCUAUUCGGCUCUUUAGUCUACGACAACAGCACAGGUAUAAUUCUUAACAAUGAGAUGGAUGAUUUUUCGCAGCCAAAGGUGCCCAAUGCUUUCAACCUAACUCCUUCUAUCUACAACUUCAUCGGUCCGCAUAAAAGGCCGUUAUCGUCGACGGCGCCCACGAUUAUUGUAGAUAGCGAUACCGGGAAGCCGGAUCUUUUGAUCGGAGCUGCGGGUGGCCUGCGUAUUCCUACUGCUGUUUUACAGGCUAUCGUGCGUAUCUACUAUGAGCGUAAGCAGCUAUUGCACACUAUCUCUUUCCCUCGAUUACAUCAUCAGCUCAUUCCACGGAAUAUUAUGGUGGAAAACUUUACUGUGUUUGAUGAUGAACAUGGCCACAACAACAUACAGACUGCGUUGUGCAAGUUGGGCCACACUUUCUACGAAAGCGGGUCAUUAACGUCAAUGAAUGGGAUUCACCGCAACGGCGACCAUCUAGAAGGAGUCAGUGACUUUUGGCGGAAACGAGGCGAGGCCGAUGGAUAUUAGAAUUUGUGCAGAAGUCCAAUAUCGAUUUGAUCCUCCGGAGCGUUAUUUUGCCGUGAUAGAGAAAUUGGAUUAUUCAAUGUAAAUAAUAUUCUAAUAGAUCAAGUAAAAAAUUUC